UGACAUUACAUAAUACGGAGAUAAGAAUUCUUCUAGAAAAAGCGCUUCGCCGCAUGCUAUCGUUUUAUCAAGCAGCUCGUUGAAACAAAUUGCCGAGUUCACUAAAUACUGUGCGCGCUUUUUCUUAAGUGUCCUAAAGGAUAUAUUCAGCGAUGGAAAUCAAUGAGCUGAUCAGCGGUCUUGAGAAUGAUUUAAAAGAGGUUACGAGUUUACUGGAGAAAUGUGAACGACAGCGUGUGAGAGACGUGUUAACACAAGAGCAGAAGAAGAUAGAGAAAGAGCUCACCCAGAAACGACAGCAGCAAGCCAAAAAAGACUCUGGGUCUGAUACAACACUUAAAGGAUACACAGUCAAAAUUAAUAAUUAUGGAUGGGACCAAUCUGACAAAUUUGUCAAAAUCUACAUCACACUAAAAGGAGUGCAGUCAAUUCCAGCUGAAAAUGUUGAGGUCAGCUUCACAGAGAGAGGUUUCAAUCUUCUUGUCAAAGAUCUGGAUAAAAAGAACCAUCAAAUGACAGUCAACAACCUUUUAUUUCCGAUUGUCAUAUCAGAGAGCAGUAAAAAGAUUAAAACAGACAUGGUCCUGGUCAUGUGCAAGAAGGCGGCAUCAAAAAAAUGGGACUGUUUGACACAAGUUGAAAAACAGACUAAAGAGAAAGAUAAACCUAACAUGAAUGAUAAUGCUGAUCCAAGUGAUGGGCUGAUGAGCAUGCUGCAGAAGAUCUACAGUGAGGGAGAUGAUGAGAUGAAGCGCACUAUCAACAAGGCAUGGUGUGAGUCUCGGGAGAAGAAGACCAAAGGAGAUGAUUUUGACCUUUGAGUCCACUCUCACAAUCUUUUACGUUUAAUAGCUCAAGCUGUGUCAUUACAGUUUAUUAGAAUUAUUUUAUGCUUUUUUAUAAUGUUUUCCAGUUGGACUUGGCUGUUAAUAAAAGAUAUGAGUCUAAAUUGUUUCCAUUCUUGCUGUCAUUUGUACAGGUUUAAUUUUGAGGUUUAAUAUGUUGCAUUUGUAUAAAGUUGAAAAAGGGUUUCUUGAUUUUUGCAAGCAAUUACAUCCUUGUACUUCUGUUUACCUUCACAGUGGAACAUGCAUUGAUAUUAUUCCUGAUUUCUUAAAAAAAAAAAAAAAACAUGUUUUAUGUGCCUAAUGAACCAUGUUCAUGUAAUGACAUUUUGCUGAUAUGCAUGGUUGUGUUGUGGGAUUGCAGAACAUAUCUGGUGCAUAACUGAUCAAGCCAGUAACACACAUUAUCUAAACUGAAAUAAACUGCACACAAAGAAAA